ACGUUUCCCGUCAUCCUUUGUCGUCCGGUCUGAGGGGAGGGAAGAUGGCGGCGGUUGAUGGACUGGAGCUGCUGUUGCGCUUUUAAAACGGCACAAAAAACAGCUGAUGCAAAGUUUAAACCAUUGGUUUAAUGUCUCUGAGAGAGACUGCAGCAAAUACAAGACGGAGCCCUUCGACCAGAGACCGCAGACCGCCGCUCCGGACUCAAGAUUUAUCCCUGGAAUCAGAUUUUUCUGCGUCACCUCCACCUUCCAAGUUCCACUGUCUGACUCCUGCACCACCAGUGUUCCUGGCCCAUGGACUUGACUCCAGCACCAGGCUUCAAAAGGAGGCCUGCUGCCUCCUCUUCCCCAAGUGGAAUUAGAGAGAUUGCCAGGAGCCCUGCUCCCUGCUCGCCCUCCUUGUCUCUGUCCUCACCUUCAUCUGAACCGUCGUCACCGUUGUCUACGUCCUCGUCUGUCUGUGCCAACUCGUCAGUUUAUCAGAACCAUGUAAAAGGUCAGACGCAGGGGACAGAGGUGGCCAGGGUGUCCUCCACUUCUGCCUCUCUAGCAGCGCAGUCUCUCUCCACACCUACACUCAGCGCCACCUCCCUGGAUUUCUGUCAUCACACACCAAGUCAAGACUGUGAAGAAGAGGGCAGGAAAAGGGAGAUGUACGAUCCUUUCCAUCCCACCGAGGGAGACAAGGAGGGAAGGGUGAAGGAGGAGGAGGAGGGGGAAGGGGAGAAAUAUGACCCCUUUGACCCCACAGGGUCUCCAGCAUCAGACACUGAUGAUGGGAAUGGCAAAGUGAGGGGGGUGAAGAGAAAGGCUGAUAGAGUAGAUGAGGAGGAGAAAGAGGAAGAACCUCCGGAUUCCACUGACGCCUUGACUGAUCUGCCGAGCCCCUGUCUGGUCACCCAGCUCUCUCUGAGGAGGAGAGUGGACUGUAGCUCCACCAAAGCCGGAGAGCAGAGGGAGAGUGCUGACUCUGAUCACUCUGAGAUUGAGGAAGGGGAGAUAGUUGGGGCUGCUGACAGAGAUGGAAGCAGUAAGAGAGCAGCUGGAGAAAUCCUCCCUCUGAGUUCUCCCAGCGUCUCCUUCUUUGGUUCAAAGCCGGAGCGCAUCCUGCGGGUGCUGGAUGGGGACGGCUUUGUGUCUGUGCGUGCAGAAGGCAGUUGGGAGGUGGACAGGGAGCCAGAGGACGAGCCUGUGGUGGGAGUGGAGGAUCUGAGGAGGAAGCUGGUCAGCAGGCGGAAGGAAAGAUAUCUCUCCUUUCCCGCCUCUUCCCCCCUCUCUCCUCAGCCACCGCCUCCUCCAUCCCAUCCUCCAGUUUCUACACCCUCUUCCCCUCUCACACCUCCUCUAGAGCAAGGCAGCAAGAACCGUAAGCCCUCCAAAAGUUCCAAGGACCGAGACCAACAGAAAAGCAAAGAGAGGAAGGUUGGGGAGAAGGAGGAGAGAAGAAAGAAGAGACGGAAGGACAAAGAGGGAGGACGGGAGAGGAGCAAAGAAAAGGAGCAUGGACACAAGACUGGGAAGGAGGUUAAAGGAAGGAGGAGCAGCAGGAGCAGCAGCCAGAAGAGGAAGAAGAGAAGGCACAGCAGCCCAGAGGCCUCCCGAUCCUGCAACUCUUCAGGCAGGGGGGGGCACACAAGACGCUCCUUUUCAAGCCUGUCUGAAGAAAGACAUCGAGACAAGGAGAGAGACAAAGACAGGGACAGAACCAGAGAUAGAGAUAGAGAUAGAGAUAGAGAGAGACGAAGAGAGAGAGACAGGGAUAGAGAGAGAGAACAAAAUCGCACCAGUAGCCAUAGAAGAGAUGAAAGAGAUCGAGAUUCUAGCUCUGGAAAGAAAGAGAGGGAAAGAAAGGGAAAACAGCAUUCAAGCAGCAGAGAGCGGGAUGAUUCAAAGAGGUCCAAAAGAAGCAGGGAAAAGCGGGAAGGUGAUCGAGACAGGCAGCGCGAGAGGGACCGGAGACGGGAUGGGCGUCCUGUCGUCCCUCCAUCCAUACAAGACCUCAACGGGUCUGACCUCUUUGCCAUAAAACGAACCAUCACAGUCACCACCACCACAACCACCACCACCGUACCGGGCUCUCCCAGACUCGCCCCGGCCUCCCCCUGUCGGCCCCCGCAGGAUUCUGACAAACCCCACAAGAGGAAAAAGAAGCGAAACUGGCACUCUGCCGGAGAGGUGGAGGACCGGGGGAGCUGUCGCAGCAGGUCACAGUCGCUCUCACCUCCACGGUAUCACAGCUACGAGUCAGACCGUUAUUCAGACAAACUGGAGAUUGAUGUGUUGUCCUUGGACGGUGAGGCUUUGGACUCAGACUACCCAUCUUUGGAGGACACACCUCCUGCCGCCCUGCCUCCAGAGCCACCUGUCCCCAGCCCCAAAACUAAAACCACCCCCAAGACUGGACGACAUCACCCGAAAAAGAAAUCUCGCACAUUAAAGAAAACAGGCCAGUCUGAGUCCUCCUCCUCAUCUUCCAACAGAACCAAAAGUAAAUGCCUCUCCUCUCUGACGGUCUCCUCAGGCUCUGCCUCUGUCUCAUCUGGCCUCCCCUCUACAAAGAGAGCCAAGAAAGUAGGAAAGGAUAAAGAGCGGGACAAAAGCAGCAGGAAGGAUUUGGGUCGCUCUGGGAAGUCCAAGAAAGAGAGCGGCGGCAGUCGAAAAGGCAAGCUUCAGUCCAAAGUGUCUGUGCUGGUGCGUGAGGGUGUGAGCAGCACCACAGGGGCUUCAGUGGGCUCUGGAAAGCUCGGCAUGGACCUCCUAGGCCCAGGAAGUACAGGAGGGGGUGCCGGGGGCUCUGUGGUGGGCGGUUCCAUUGCAGUAGUCUUCUGCAGGGACAAUGAGAGCAGGUCUCCGUUUCUCAAACCUUGCUCAGAGCCGCUGUCACUGAGUGGCCGUGGUAAAGAUCUGUCCGGUAUGGGAAAGCGAAGCAGCCUGGCUGCACCACCAUCCUCCUUAACCAGUCCUGCAGGACUAAAAUCCAAGAAAACAAAACCCAGCUCCAUCACAUCCACCUCCUCCUCUGCCUCCUCACCCUCAUCCUCUCUGGCAACUAAGCGCCGCCGUCGCCUGGCCAAGAAGACCAGAGAAAAAAGUGGAGCUGCAGGGGUAACGGCUGGAGACGGCAGCCAAGCAAAAGCCACAUCUGAGGGCUGGGGUGGAGCUUCGUUAGACGUUCAGUCAGCCGGUGGAGAUGGGAGCAAAUCAGUCAGUCCACAUACUGGCCAGGCUGGCCCCGCACCCUGCUCUUCGUCCUCUUCCUCCUCCUCCUCCUCCUCCUCCUCCACCAGUGUGCUCCCACCCUCUUCUUCUCCACCACACACACCUCCACCCUCCAUGGCUCCUUUGCGGGACACCCGGGACUCUUCUCCAGACUCUCAGACUGUGGACAGUAGCUGUAAGACUCCAGACCCAUCUUUCCUAGCCGAGGACUGUCCAACUCAGACCAGCCCCACGCUCCCAACCUCCAGUCCGUCCAGCCUGUCCACCCCCCAGGGAGCUGGCCUCAGCAUCGCCUUGUCUACACCCACAGCCAAGCCUCCUCCUCCAGAUGAAGCACCCAAAUCUCUGGCCUCACCUCCCUGCUCGUCCUCUUCAGCAGCCUGUGGCCUCACUUCCCUCACCCUGCCUCUCUCUUCUUCAGACCCCUCAUCCUCCUCCUCUGUGUCCUCUUCAUCUGCCAGUAAGCCCCCUCCUCCUCCCCCUCCAGCAGCACCUGCCCUUCCCUGGAGUCUGCAGACCGGGGUGGACUGCACAACUGGAGGAGUCCUGGCCUUGACUGCUCUGCUCUUCAAAAUGGAGGAGGCCAAUAUUGCCAGCAGAGCCAAAGCACAAGAGUUCAUUCAAGCCACCAGCCAGAUCCUGUCACAGGCCAAUCACAGCCAGUCCCAGCAGCACGCUCCUCCUUCCUCAGCCUCCUCCUCCUCGUCCUCACAGAUCCCUCCCCCUCCUUCUCUCCCCCCGCCUCCUGGUCUCAGUCCAGCUCAGUUCAUCCUCCACAGCUCCCUCCCACUGGUUGGCUGCACCAAAACUCCACCCUCUCACCUGCACCCCUCCAUAGGUGGUGGAUGUGCACAGACCCCACCCUCCAUCAUGCCUGUGGGGAUGUCAGGAGUGACAGGGAGCUCUGGUGACUCUGGAUGGGACAAUGAGAGCAAAGACCCUGACAAGUACCUGAAGAAGCUGCACACCCAGGAGCGGGCGGUGGAGGAGGUGAAGCUCGCCAUCAAACCUUACUAUCAGCGCAAAGACAUCAACAAGGACGAAUACAAAGACAUCCUCAGGAAAGCUGUGCAUAAGAUCUGCCACAGCCGCACUGGAGAAAUCAACCCGGUCAAAGUCAGCAACCUGGUGAAGCUGUAUGUCCAGCGCUACAAAUACUUCCGGAAACAUGGACGCAAAAUGGAUGAGGAGGAGAGGGAUGACAGGGAGCCCGGAGCGCUGCAUUCCUCUUCCUGAUAGGAGACUUUUUCAAAUGUUCCUCUACACCGCCUUCUGCUCAAGACCUGGGCCAUUCACUGAUUGUUUCUGUCUGAUAUUUUUAUUGCUUUCAUAGCCACCAUGUCUAUGCUUUUAUGUGAUCUGAUGGAAGUCUCUCCCUUUAUUUCUGAUCUCACUGUAAAUAUGUCUCAUUUAGAAAAUGUAUCGCGUAUACAAUGUUGAGGAAGUAGAUGCUAUCAUGCACACCUGAUAGCCCAGUACACCAACCCUGCUAUAAAUACCACCUCUGUAAAGUGUAUAGAUUUUAGUUUUUGUUGACUGUGUCCCAUUAGGAGCUUCACAGUGGUGGUACUGAUCGCAGGGCUGUUUUUUUCAUGCUAGAGUUUGUUGUCCCCAUCCCCCUGUAUAUCAGAAUCCAAGCUGAGGGGAGAUGUAAUACCCAGCUGCACACAUUAAACUAUAUUGUACAAUACUGAAGGACACUACACCCACUCCCUACCCCCCUCUGUCUCUGAGUGUUGGUGGACAGUAUGAAGCUGGCGCUGUCAGUGAUUCGGGACAGCUGAGCAAUGAUGGUUUAGACACACUGACCUCUGACCUCUGACUUGUUUUACUCUGACAUCUGUGUGUUGUGUGCAUGUGUUACUGAGGUUGAGAAAGUUGCUAAAUCUCUUUAUAAAAUGACUUGACCAACAAAAAUAUAAAUGUUGCUUGAAAACCAGUACAAA